AUGACGUCCAAGAGCCAGCAUCUCUCCCAGACACGUCCUGUGGCAAUGCUGGGUUUGACGUACGGAGCCAUACUACGAGGGAACGACUACGAGAAUCGGAGUCGCAGAUGCCCAUACAAUCUACGGCCAGACGCCGCAAACUGGGAAUACGUUGCGGUGAACCAUAGAGGCUAUCUGUACGCGCACCAGGAUGGAGAGUACAGCUUUACCGCGCCCAUUGCCGAUAACCUGAGUCUGCUCUGGCUCGCUCCAAACGCCUACUCUGGCUACACACGCGCAAACGCUAAUCUGGAGGCGACGUACACUCCAGUCGGCUCGGCGCCGCUAGAGUACAAGGUCACGCUAGUAAAGGGCAAGUACUAUCCGAUUAGGUUCUCUUGGGAUAACUCGGGCGGAGCGGGAUACUACGAGCUGAAGAUCAAGGCUCCGGAUGGGACACUUAUUGUCGAUGGCACAACGACCAUAAGCCCUUAUCUGGUCAAGUUUGGGUGCAGGGAUACCUAG